AUGUCCUUCCGGCCAAUGUUGAACAAGCGGGCUGUGGCCCCCCUCGCUGCCUCGCUUCUGGCGGGAGGUGUUGCUCUCUAUCCUCGGCGCACCGCGUUCGCCGAAGAGCCCAAGGAUUUGAGGAAACCUAUCUACGAUGACUUCCCUACCGACGUCCCCGAACUUCCCAAACCCGCCGCCCCGGUCUCUGCGCCUGCUGCUUCGUCGUCGCCUUCUUCCUCCCCCACUCCCACAGAUAUCUUGACGGCCCAGGUUCGACAAGCCCGUCUCUUCCUCUACUCCCAUUCCCUUGCUGCGGAGAACUGCUUCAAUGACUGGCUGUCCCGCGCCCUCCACAUCGAGAACGCCUUCACCAACACGAUCGCCUCGCUCGCCCCCUCCCCCGAAUCUGGUGAGCGCCUGAUGCCCGACGGCGUCUACGUGAUUGUUUCCGCCAUGGCCGGCUCCAUCGUGGCGCGGAACCGUGGUAUCGUCCUCCGCACGCUGUCUCCCCUCGCUUUCGGUACCGUGGCUGCCUGGACCCUACUCCCCGUGACGAUGCGCAACGUCUCCGACCUUGUCUGGGAAUACGAGAAGAAGGUCCCCGCCCUCGCUGACAACCACCUUCUCCUCCGCGAGAAGGCCGAGCACAUCUGGACCACCGGUGUGGCACACAGCGGAAUGGCCCGUGUUAUGAUGGAAGAGAAGAUCGGUGACGUCCGGAAGAAGCUGGAAGAGGUGGUGAGCAAGGGCCACUAG